AUGCAGCUUAAGCUUUACGUGAUCAGCUUGAUCAGGUACUUCGGUUUCACGUCCUUGAUUGGACUGGAUCCGCUCGACCAGGCGCCUUUAUUAAAAGAAGAUAACACCACUCUGGAGGAAACCAACCUCGCACCACCAAUUUUUGAGCCACCGGGUACUGGUAAAGAUAAUAGCAUAAAGUGCAAUUACACGGGAUUGCCCGGUUGGUGGCAUCCGGAUUCACCAGAUCUAAGAGGUGUCUGGCUCCGGAAUAAUAAAACCGGGCGUGAGUACAACAUCACAACUGACUAUGAGACGUCCUGGCCACAGGGAGUACGGCGCGAUUACCAUAUCGUCGUCAACAAUGAUACCACGGCGAAUUGGGAUGGAAUUCCCUUUCCUGGGGCAAAGAUGUUCAAUGGAACCUUUCCUGGACCCUGGAUUCAGGCAUGCUGGGGAGAUUCAGUUCACGUCACUAUCACGAAUAACCUAACCUACAAUGGAACAGCUAUUCAUAUGCAUGGGCUGCGCAUGCUUAAUAAUAGUCUGAUGGAUGGCGUACCUGGUGUUACUCAGUGCCCAAUUGCUCCAGGGGAGAGUUUUACAUACAAAUUCAGAGCCACACAAUAUGGCACCACCUGGUACCACAGCCACUACUCACUUCAAUACAGUGAUGGUAUUUAUGGUCCUCUGACCAUUCAUGGGCCCACAUCGGCCAACUGGGAUGAGUCUAUUGACCCAAUUCUCUUGGGCGACCACAAUCACAGAAGUGCCUUCCAAGACUACUAUCAGGAGCAAUUUUCCGGUCAUAAUAGGCCACCUCCAAAGAUGACAAGUAUCUUAAUCAAUGGACGUGCUGUAAGUCACAGUUCCGGCUGUACCAAGCAUUGCCCUAAAGAUAUUCCCCAGGGCAAACGUUACUUAAUGAGACUGAUCAACACGUCCACUGAUACAACCUAUGUAUUCGCCAUUGAUAACCACAACUUUACGGUUGUCCAGUCGGACCUCGUCCCUGUUAACCCUUAUGUAACAGACCAUUUGGCAAUUGGAAUCGGGCAAAGAUACCAUGUUGUGCUAAAUACAUGGCCUGAUGAACAGCGAAAUGGGACGGAUGAAUUCUGGAUGCGGACUGUGCCAGCUGAUCACUGCAAUAACUUUGGUGAACAACUUGAUGUGAGGCAGGGCAUCCUGUACUACCAGGGCCAUAAGAACGAAUGGCCGACGACAACUGAGGGUAAAUACAAUUAUACCUGUCGUGAUGAGCCACAUGAAAGGCUGCGGCCCGUCGUUCCGUGGAAUGUGCCGCGACUUAAUAAGGACGAAAAAUUGGAGCUCGGCGUACCCAACUCGACUAUCAUGCUUGCAAAAUGGUUCCUUCCUGCAGAGCCACACAGGCCGAACUUGACAGGCCCUGAGGUGAAUAACUGGCAAAUGAUGAGGCACCCCCUUUGGGUGGACUAUUCAAAGCCAACAGUGAACAAUACUGAUGGGCCAUUUGGCGAUAAUGACGCGGUAUAUCCAGUUGAAAAGUCACCCCUUCACCAACAGGGUAACGGAAAUUGGAGCUAUAUGGUAAUCAUCGGAAAUCAGACAAAUUUUGGUCCCCCAAAGGGAGGUAAAUUGGUCCCUGCUGCGCAUCCGUUACACUUCCAUGGCCAUGAUUUCGCGCUACUGAAACAGUCAGAGUAUCCUUACAAUGGGACGGACUCACUAGGAAAUUUGACAUACGACAAUCCACCUCGCCGCGAUGUGGUGCUUCUGCCAAAGAAUGGAUUUGUGGUCAUUGCCUUCAAAACUGACAACCCCGGAGCUUGGGCGGUCCAUUGCCACAUUGCUUGGCAUGCAUCUGCUGGGCUAGCAUUCCAGAUAUUGGAAAGCAAAGAGGAGUUCAAGGAGUAUCAGUGGGACACACAACAUUGGCAAAAAGAACAAUUUAACAGAACAUGCCAGCGUUGGAAACAGUGGUAUUCUAACCCAAAACAUUUCUAUGAACCCAAUGGUCGUUUCCAGGACGAUUCUGGUGUAUAG